GAAUUCAAACCAACUCAAAUCCCAAACACGCAUAACAUAACCCACCAUAAAUGGAACCCCCUUCCCUCUUUCUCUCUUUGUGGGCGUGUUAAUUUGUUUCUUCAUUAACCACCACCUUUUAGGUGAACAACGUUUGAACAUAUCUACCAUAGGAUCAAAACCCCAAUUUUGAUCCCUUUUCAUAACACAUAAAUCAAAAAGAAGAAAUUAAUCAAACUGGAAAAUUACCCAUCUCCAGAUGAAACCUCCCCACCCUUUAUCAUCUUCUUCCAAAAAAAAUAAACCCAUCGAACAUCAUUAAAAUGGAGGAGGAUAAAGAAAAAAUAUCGAGACAUAUUUGAUCAUAUUCGACACAGAAGACACCAAUGCCUGAAGCUGAUCCUAGUGCCGAACGCACCUUCAUAUGGAUCAUUGCAUGUAUUUUGUUCAUUUGUGUUCUUGCUGGGGGAGGGUGCCUUGUAGCAUACACGGUCCUUCCCGUGUCACAAGUUCCACCAUGGACACCUCGUAUUGGGAUCAUGUUGGUGUGUCUUCCGUGGGCUUUUUGGCUUCUCACAUUCUUAUACCGAAUCUUCUCACGGAUUUGUGGGUGUAGAAUCAAUGUUGGUGGUGUUGGAAGAGAGAGGUUAGGAGAUGGUGGCCGUGCAAAUGCACCUGGUGAUGCAAGUGUUAAAGAAAAUAAUGGUAUCAAUAGGACAUUCUCUGUUGCUUCACAUGAGAGUCAAAUGCCAUUGGCAAAAUCAAUGGCUUCCUGAUCAAAUUGGAAUUUCACUAUGGCUUUAAUUUGGUGGGUUUAUUGUUUCCAAUUUGCACCAUUAUAUAUAACUCUUGCAAUCCUCCACUUUCUCCAUAUCAUAUUGUUAUAUAUAUAUAUAUAUAUAUGCUUCAUCUACUUGAUGAUCGACGACCCUUUGCAUCGAAUAUAUCCCUAGUUCUUACCAAUCUUCAUGGAUAUACUCUCAUUAUGUAUUCAACAACAAUGAAAAUAUUAUGAUCCACGUCAUUAUAUUUUCACUCAAUUUAAACUUCUCUUUCUUUC